CACGCAAUAGUAUUAUAUUGUCGUUGCGGUGCGUCGCUCGUAUUAUAAUAAUAAUAAUAAUAAUAAUAAUAUAAAUAUAAAUAACAAUAUUAUAGUUGUCGUCGUCGUCGUAUCGUCAUUAAUUCAUUGUUGCGAUAUUAUAUUAUAGUUUGUUGUAAAACGGCGGCGGCGUGAUGUUGUCAUUAUAGUCGCGGCCGUGCGAGACGCGCCUUGUAACACAGCGACAACUGUCGCGGGACAGUCACGUCUUUUUUCGGUGCGUUUGUCUAGUGACGGCGGAGGCGCCGCCGCGGGAAAACGGAUUCGCGCGCGUUCCGUCCGUCGGUCCGGCGGCGGCGGCGGCGGCGACGAUGACGAUGACGAUUUCGCGGCGGCGUCGGCGGCGGUGCCGGUCGCCGCGUCGUUGUUGUUGUCGCCGUUAGCAGUAGUGUUAAUAGUCGGCGGUCCGGGCUUGACGAGCGCGGCGUUUUCGGCGGUCGGAAACCGGCGGCGACGGCGACGACAUGGGAAACUAUUGUUCGUCGAAACAAAAGGACGGCGGAGGCGGUUCCGACGAAUACUUGCAAAAAGCUCGUUAUAAAAAAAAUCAAAAGAAAGCUGAUAAGGCAACUAAUGUGAUAUCCGUGCCUAAAAAAGGCAAAAGUCAGGUCGCGGUAUCUGCGGUAGCAACAACGACUGUGACCAACAGCAACAAAGCAGCACACGCGUCCAACUGCAACGUCGGUGGACAACCUUUUAUAAUUCCGAAAAUUGAACAACCCGACGAACAGUCAACCACAGCAACAACCGUCUGUAAGCCCUUCGAACCAAACAACAUAUCUACCCCCAUAGUUGAUAAAACACCAGAAAAAUGUUUUACGUUUAUACUGCCGGACGAAUUGAAAAGUGUAUCGACGGAGACGAAGAAAUUGCUACUUGGCGUUUUUGAACCAACCACAAAUCAAAAAACUAACAAAAUUGUCGUCUACAUCUGUUUGCCGGACAAUAAAGGAUUUCCAGACGAAAGACAAUGCCUGUACAAAAGCGUGUUACCAGAAAUCCGGUCAAAAUGCACGAAAAUUGGUUACGAACUGCAUGUGGUAGAUCUACACUGCGACCAUCAGCAACAAGAAUUCGGACAGCUAGACAACGCUGUCCGCCUGGCAGAACUACGCCGGCAGAACCGCGUCGGUCACGUCGUGCCUGUUGUUUUCGUGGACGAUUCACUGGGUCCACCAGUUCUGCCCCACGAGAUGACCAGACAGGACUUCGAUCUGGCCAGGACUAAAACGCCGGACGCCAGCAAACUGAUCGAAAAAUGGUACACGCUAGAUGCGCAGAAAAAUAACUUCGAGCUCCGUAACGAAAUGAUGUUCGAAACGACGUUCGAGACUCAGGAAGCCGACGAAAAAUUGUGGCACGAUGAAAAAGUACAGCUGCAAAUCGCACUCAUGAAAGUGUUUGAUUCGAAGUCGUUACGGAACGGUUACGUUGAACAAGUUUUUCAACAAGAAGUUUAUAAUGAGAUCAUGUUGAAUGCCGAGUUGGCUAAAAAGUCUGUGUGGAUUAUUAAUAAUUACGACGUUGUUCCCGGUCACAAGUGUAAAACAACUGCGGUAGAAUCCAAAAAGAGACUCGAACAACUUAGCAAACAGUUGAAGAACGAAUUGCCUGAAACCAAUAUCAUAUUUUACGAGAUCGCAAAUGUGACAGAAUCUAUAAAGAAAAUAGGAUCUGUAUUAAUGUCUAUAAUUGAAUCUGUAGAUAAGGAGAGUGAAAAACAAGAGCCUACGUACGGCGUAAGCACCGUACUUUUAGAAGAGCUGAGAGUACAAGCGUGGUUUGGGUACAAUGCGGCCAAACGGGCUAUUCGCCGGGAUGAAGCUAUGGAACGUGCCAAAAAGUAUUUGACGGAUGCGGACGCAGCGUACCCAUUGAUCCUGUACGGGCCUUCAGGGUCGGGUAAGACCACGGUGAUAGCAGCAAUAGCGAAACAAUGUCACUUGUGGAAUCAGGAUGCAGCGGUGGUGGUGAGAUUUGCCAACGCGUCCGCUUAUAGCUUGUCACUGGAGCAAACGCUCAACUCACUAGUCGUUCAAUUAAAUCUCGUGGAUAACGGGAAAUGUACUUGGUACAAGCACGAUGUACAACUUUAUUCGGAACAAAUUACACGUCUGCUGGGUUCGAUUGGAUCGAAACGGCCGGUGACGUUGAUCGUAGACGGAUUCGACAGAUUCGAGAAUGAUUUAGUGGAUUGGAUACCGCAGUCGCUGCCCAACAACGUCAAGAUCGUAGUUUCAGUCUCGGAGCCUUCAGAACACCUAAAUCGAUUGCGUCAGACCAUAAAAACGAUAGAUUCGUAUAUACGGAUAGCGAACAUGACAGACGAACAAAUUGAUUCCUUAUUAUCGGCACCGAUCAUCCGUCCGAUCGGUGGCGUUGGCGGUGGUAGCGAAACGACAAAAACCGACCGCAAAACGGUUACCGCCAAAACACCGUUAGAACUUCAAGCGAGCUUACUGUGUUCUAAGAUACGAAACUCGAAACAACCACCUUCGUCAGAAAAGUGGGUGGAAGCAAUUUUCGACAAUAUUGAAUCACAUCUCGGCAAAGACAAGGUAUCUUCCGUGAUUGGCCACAUGUGUGCCACUCGAUACGGUUUACUCGAUUCGGAAUUGGUUGAAUUAUUGUCUUCGGAGAACGAAUUUCGUGCUUCAGACCUUUCCGUCACUGGGAUUCCGACGUCAGCCGGUAUCUUCUGGGCAACAUUCAAUGAGUUGAUGUCGUCGUUUUUAUACUGGUUCAAAACAGAUCGGUACGCGACGGUUCGGUGGAAGAACGUCGUAGUUGCUGAAGCCGCUAGUCGGCGUUAUAGUACGUCUAUUCGACGCAUCAAUAAGAAAAUUCUUUCGUACUAUGAAGAUCAGGUAGUAUCGGAUGACGACUGUGGUAAGAAGAGCUUACUGAAACGCAGGAAACUGGAUGAGAGCACUCACUUGAUGGACCGGGCCGAAACGAUCAAACAAUUUUUCAGCGACCUUGACUGGGUUUUGGAAAAACUGAAUCAUGGAACAGUGCUCCAAUUACUGGAUGAACUUUCGGCGCACGCCCAAGAGCCGGAAGCGCGUUUUCUCAGAGACUUCCUGUCAUCUGCCAUGCCAGCCGUGAUGAACAACGGCAAUCAGCUGUAUUCGCAGAUGUCACUGUACCAGCCGGUGGCUGAUCGGUACCGAGAUCUGAUAAACGCACCUCCUUUCGCUACACUGAUGCCUUUAGUCCCGGUGAACGCUGCAACGCAGUCGUUAGAAUCCGCUGCAUCAGUUUCGGAUAGCCCCGACACCACGGGGAGGUUCGACUUAGUCAAACGAUUCAACGAUGACGCGAAUUAUGUGAUCACCGUCAGCACCGGGCGGAAAGAGAUAAGCGUGUGGGACGUACACACAUGUUCGAGAGUACGGACGCUCAAGGGAAUCCUUCAUCCAACCGCGCUGAAACUGAUCGACAAUCAGCGUUGUAUAGUUUUGUGUGAACGAAAACUGAUCGUUAUCAACUUGGCGACUGGAAAAGUGAUCAGCAAACUGAAAGGAGUGAUGAAUCAAAACAUGCCUUACUUUGGCUUGCACAGUUCUACGAAACUCGUGGCGUUAGCCAGAAGCCGGAUGCACGUGAACCUGAUCGACAUCGAAACUGGUACGAUCGAGGCGUACUUUAAAGCUGGCGAAGACAGAUUUUUGAACUCACUGCUUGUAUCCGGAAACGGGAGAGUCAUGGUGUGUGGUGACGAAACGCAAAAACCUUUCCCGCUGCUCGUGUGGAACUUGACCUCCAGACAGUUGAUGUACGACUUGCGCAUACCGUUCCACGAAUUUGUCACACGACUCGCGGCCAUCACUUACGAGGGUCACUACGUGUGCUGCGUAGCUCAAGAAGUCGACGAGCCCGGGCCUAACUUCAUAGUAGUGUACGACCUACAGUCGGGCACGCUGUUCAAAAAGUGGAAGCCCGGCAUGAACUGCGUGGCGCUAGACAUAUCGUCCAAAGACGGGUGUGUCCUGAGCGGCCACGAAAAUGGUCACAUAUGCAUCUGGGACCUGACCACCGGUAACUGUCGAUGGACGCUCAGCGGUCACGUAGCACCAGUCACCAGCCUCCGAUUGGAUCCAACCGGAGGUUCUUUUGUGUCUCUGGACACGCACGCCCGAGACCGAACGAUCAAACUUUGGAACGUCACAACCGGUCAACUCAUCUCGGAGUUCACCCCAGCCAAUCCGAUAACGGCGUUUGAAAUACUGCCUGGCGGCAAAUUUGUGGUUGUCACGUCUUCGGGCUCCGCGCACCCGACGGUCCUACAGCUCCGUGGACCACAACAGUCCGCUGACGAGCAAACUACGACGACGACGACAACUACUUACGGCAAUGAAACGACGCUUGAAGUAGAUUUGUCGUUAGACUUCCGAGACGACGUGGCGGCGGCGGCCUCGGUCCCGACUUCCGCCGCUGUGUCUAGAUGACAGCCGCCGCCGACGGAUUACGACGAUACAACUGCCAGACCGGAACGAGGACGAGGAAAUGCGUUUGUCACUGUAGGUUUCCGCAAGGGAUUUCAUAAUUUUCAUACUGCCCCGUUGAAAAUGAUAACGGCAAUUAUGGUUAUUUCAUGUUAAUGUCGUUGAUGAUAGACAUCCUCCUCCUCUUUAUUUAUCCUGUCAUACUUUACUCGUACUACAUUACAUACACAUACACUGUGUAAUAAACUAAUAACCCUUGUAGUGUUUACUGCUGAUAUUGUGGACGUUACAAUGAGUCUCUCUCGGUCAAAGAGACAUGAACAUAGUUUUCAAAAAUAAUAUUACUUUACUUUACCAUCAUUACUGUUAACCUACUACUAGUACUACUACUCUACUGACUACUGUUUAUUACUAUUACUACUACAGUACUACAACUACUAUUACUACCACUACUACUACUCAUCGCGCUGUAUAUGCCUCACACAUUCAAACUUACUUCUAUUUUUUUAUCUCCUAAGACUGAUCCUAAUUGUAAGAUAACGCACAAAAAUGUAGUUGAAAAACAAAACUAUUUUCAUUCGAAUACAUCUACAGUAUUUAACAAUACAUAAUAUUAUGUUUUGUUCAUCUUUUCAAUCGUAUAUUUCAAUCGAUAUUACUCUUCUCAAACAUCAUCAUUUAUAACCAACAUAAUGUUUU